CAAUUUACGAACUGAGUCGUCUUUUCAGUCGCGACAGAAAGAGGCGAUUUAAAACCCUCCCUCCUCCUUCCACCUUCACCGGUUUUAGGGUUUAGAGGCAGUUGCGAAUUUGACCCUCGUUCAAGUGUUAUUUACAGAAAUGGGAAGGGCGAAGAAAGCCCCGAAAUUCGCAGUCACGAAGAAGCUCGUCAGUUCGAAGACCCUUCGCAAAUACAAGGAAGAGGUUCUAAACCCUAAGAAGAAAGAUCUCGAAAAGGAAAGCCUCCCCCGAAACGUGCCAACCGUUUCAUCAGCGCUUUUCUUCAAGCAUAACACAGCUCUGGGCCCACCAUAUCGGGUCCUGGUCGACACAAACUUCAUCAAUUUCUCCAUCCAAAAUAAGUUGGACUUGGAGAAAGGAAUGAUGGACUGCUUAUAUGCAAAAUGCACCCCUUGUAUCACGGACUGUGUCAUGGCAGAGCUUGAAAAAUUAGGUCAGAAGUACCGGGUUGCUUUGAGGAUUGCCAAAGAUCCUCGGUUCGAAAGGCUACCUUGCACUCAUAAAGGAACCUAUGCAGAUGACUGUAUUGUUGAGAGGGUUACUCAGCAUAAGUGCUAUCUAGUCGCUACAUGCGAUAGAGACUUGAAGCGAAGGAUUCGCAAGAUCCCGGGUGUGCCUAUUAUGUAUAUCACUCAACAUAAGUAUUCGAUCGAGCGCCUGCCUGAAGCAACUAUGGGUGGAGCUCCAAGAUUUUGAUACUAGACAGAGUCAGCAACAGGAACACCGUUGCAGAAGCCUGCUAUAUUUCGCCCAAUCCUUUCAACUUUUGAAAUUUUACGUCACCGAAAUGUACGCAUUAUAUCAUGGAUAUUCUUUUUCCUUCUCCAGUGUAGUUGAUAUCCGUUGAAUGUUUAUCUUACCGAUCUUUUAAAAAAAUGUGGUUAAGAUUAGCAGUCCA